AAAGGAACGGCCUAUGAGGCACUAAAAGGAGAUUUGUUGUGCAUUAAACUGACAGAUUGAUCAGAUCUAGCGGGAUUUUUUUGGCAGAUAUUUUUACACCGACAUUUUUGAGGCUCGGGUUUCUUUGAUAAAACCAGUUGUUCGCUACGGAUUGUGGGAUUUCCUUCCAGCGACAUGGCGGAGGUGGAAACGACUAAAGACGUGCCAGCUACAGCCGAGGUUGAGGCUCAAAAUGAACCCCAAGAAGAAACAAAACCAGCUCCUACAGAACCUGAACCUGAGGUAGAGACAAUGCGUUGUGUUAGACUCAAUGGUCAUGGCGGGUAUGGGAAGCUAAAAGUCGAAAAACAUCCUAAACCCAAGGCCACUGAUGGAAAUGUUGUCGUCAAAGUUCACGCAUGUGGGCUGAACUUUGCAGACCUAAUGCAGCGGCAAGGUUCAUACAGUGAAGCACCAAAGGUACCAUACACUCCWGGUCUGGAGUGCUCUGGUGUUGUGGAAGAGAUAGGAGAACAUGUCACUGGAAUUGAGGUUGGAUCAAGAGUAUGCUGCAUAACACUCUUUGGUUCRUGGGCAGAGUUCGUAGCUGUGCCCUUCACUCAUUGCUUUGUGAUGCCUGAAUCAAUGACCUUUGAAGAAGGUGCAGCGUUCCCUGUCACCUACCUGACGGCAUAUCUCAUGUUGUUCCAUUGUGGUAACAUAAAGAGGAGAAAGAGCAUUCUAAUUCAUAUGGCUGCUGGUGGAGUGGGAACAGCAGCAACCCAGCUCUGCAAGACUGUUGAGGGUUUGAAAAUUUUUGGUACUGCUUCUGCUUCAAAGCAUGAAAUGAUCAAAGAGUUUGGUGUUGAUCAUCCCAUUGAUUACAGAACRCAGGAUUAUGUCCAUGCUAUUAAAGACAUAACUCAUGGUGUAGACCUGAUUCUUGAGCCACUAUCAGGCUCAGAUACCAAGAAAUGCUAUGAUCUUCUUAAUCCUAUGGGAGCAAUGAUCUGCUUUGGUUAUGCAAAUCAAAUUUCAGAGUCAAAGGGUGUGUUCUCGGCAGCAAAAAAUUGGUUUCAAGGUGUAACCUUCAACCCCACGAAGAUGAUCCCAGACAACAAGACAGUCUGUGGAUUUCAUUUGGGCCGCAUCUAUACCUCAAUAGAUUUGAUCCGGGAUGCAAUGAAGGAUUUAAUGAAGUUGUAUAAUGAUGGUGCCCUCAAGCCUUGCAUUGACAGCGUAUUUGCCCUAGAAGAGGUUGCCAAAGCACAGCAAAAGAUGCAUGAACGAAAGAACAUUGGAAAAAUUCUUUUGUCUCCCUUGAAAGAACCUGAACCAGAACCUGAGCCAGAACCAAAGAAAAAGAAGAGAUCUGAAAGUAAAGUGGAAGCUGAACAA